AUGGUUAAGGAUACAAAACUAUACGAUCUUUUGGGGGUUUCUCCAGGUGCUGAUGACAACCAAAUCAAGAAGGCUUAUAGAAAAAGCGCCUUAAAAUUCCAUCCAGAUAAGAAUCCAAGUGAAGAAGCUGCUGAGAAAUUCAAAGAAAUCACUUCCGCUUACGAAAUCUUAUCUGAUUCUCAAAAGAGAGAAGUAUAUGACCAGUUUGGUUUGGAAGGUCUUUCUGGCCAAGGUGCAGGCGGUCCAGGUGGCUUCGGUGGCUUCGGUGAAGACUUAUUCUCUCAAUUCUUUGGUGGCGGUAGUUCAAGACCAAGAGGUCCUCAAAAGGGUAGGGAUAUUAGACAUGAAAUUCCAGCCACUUUAGAACAAUUAUUCAAAGGUAGAACUGCCAAACUGGCAUUAAACAAACAGUUAAUCUGUAAGUCAUGUGAAGGUCGUGGUGGUAAGGAAGGUAGUGUUAAGAAAUGUACUGCUUGUAGCGGUCAAGGUUUCAAGUUCGUAACCAGACAAAUGGGUCCUAUGAUCCAAAGAUUCCAAGUUGAGUGUGAAUCUUGUCAUGGUGCUGGUGAAAUAAUCGAUCCAAAGGGCCGUUGUAAGGUCUGUAGCGGUAAGAAGGUUGUAAACGAAAGAAAGGUUUUAGAAGUCAACAUUGAACCAGGUAUGAAAGACGGCCAAAGAAUCGUUUUCCAGGGUGAAGCUGACCAAUCUCCAGGUAUUAUUCCAGGUGACGUUGUCUUUGUCGUUUCUGAACAACCACAUCCAGUCUUCAAAAGAGAUGGUAACGACUUACACUACGACGCUGAAAUCGAUUUGCUAUCUGCUAUUGCAGGUGGUCAAUUUGCCGUCAAACACGUAUCAGGUGAAUAUUUGAAGGUCGAAAUCGUACCAGGUGAAGUGAUCUCUCCAGGUUCUGUUAAAGUUAUAGAAGGCAAAGGUAUGCCAAUUCCAAAAUACGGUGGUUACGGUAACUUGUUGAUCAAGUUCAACAUCAAGUUCCCACCUGCACACUUCACGGACGAUGAAACCUUGAAGAAGCUCGAGGAAAUUCUACCACCAAGAAAUGUACCUUCUAUUCCUGCGGACGCAGAAGUUGAAGAUUGUGUUUUAGCAGACUUCGACUCCAGUAAGCAUGGUGCUAGAGCUGGUGGUAACGGCAGAGGCCAAAGCUAUGAUUCAGAUGAUGAAGACGGACACCACGGUGCUGAAGGUGUUCAAUGUGCCUCACAGUAA